CUCGAGAGGGCGCCGGUUCAGAGUAGCAUCAACAUCAUUCCAAGUGCGACCCGUUCUUUGAACGCUGACACUCUGUACGAUCCCUUUGACUUCAGUAUGGCGAAGAUCAGACUGGAGCGUAGAAAGGCCAAGGAGAACAUCAGCCACAAGAUGUUUGACGAGAAGAAGCUGAACCCGCUGGACUUCUACCUCGAGACUAAGAUGCUCAGCAACUACAUGACGUCUACUGGCAGAAUACUCCCAAGAGAGGUGACGAAGCUGAGCGUGAAGAACCAGAAGAGAUUGGCCAAGUCGAUAAAGAGAGCCAUCGCUGCUGGAUUGCUG